AUGGUAUUUCAAUGUCGAGUUAAUCCUCGUAUACUUGCAGCUGGCAUUAUUGCACGAGAAACCUUGAGAGCACAAACACAGAUUGAUACGAAUUUUAGUAAUAGUGAACUAGAAUGGGUAUUACCAGCUGAUGAACCAAUUAGUCUAAAUGAUCUCAUUUGUUAUGGAAUCAUGUUACGCAUUACGGAUGGAGAUCCAGCCGAUUUAACAUUCAUGCAAAUGGUGGGAAUAUUCUCUCAACAUCAGCUAUUGAUUGUACUCUAUACGAUCUAUCGUUAUAUCAAGAAGUUUUGUACCUAA